AUGGCAAGAAAGAGGGGGUAUGAAGGAGGACAUGGCAACAAGCAGAAUAAGAAACGAAAGCCCGACACGUCAAAGCCGGCAGACGAGCUUAUAGCCGAUCUCGAUAAACUUUAUCGAAGACCUGCGCCGGAAGUAGCGCAGCGGACUGCGAGACUGCCUCGCUCCCAGCUUCCCAUCGAAGAAUGGGGACUGUUCGUUGACAAAGAGACACCUGCAUUCGGCAAGUGUGCUCACAGGCUUCGGUGGGAACGCAAGCCAGAAGCAUUCGUCUGUCAAUGA